AUGCCAUCCAAAGUGGCGAGAUGGUUGGCGGCAUAUAAACCGGCUUCAAGCGAAGCUAUGGAAGAUCUGACAGGCUGGAUGUAUGCAAGUGUUAAGUUAUUGGAAGACAUGGAAGAAAUGUUUGAAAAGAUGAGUUCCUCUAUGAUCGGUGAAGUUUGCCAACGCUUUGUGUUAUUCUAUCGAUCUGUAUCAGUUUCCCUGCGACAAUUCGUCGUUUUUCUUCUCCCAUCCCUUAUUCAUGCAUACUUAUCGCAUUUAUGUGACGAGGACGCGUUGCAGACACGCAAAGCAAAUGCUACCACCACGGACAAUCCACAAAAUCCGGGAAUAACCAAUCUGACUGCAUUAGAAAAUUGUCUGCUACAGAUUUGCCGUCAUUUCCUCUCCCAUAGUUCAUCUUCACAUCUUCCUGUGUCUUCGAAAUCCGACCCACGACUGAGACUUCCUACGUUGAGUGAAUCCUCUAUAUACCAUGAUGGUAUCUCAACGAAUGAUCAUCCGACAGACGAAAACGACAUCUUUCCGAUGCAACUGUUUUCCCUUAAUGUAUUCAAUCGUGUUCUUGUGAUCACACAGUUGUUGCGUAACUAUUUGGAAACACUUUCCCAGGUGGAUCUUCUGGACCCAAACAAAUCACUACUUGCAUUACAUUCGGUGGCUAAAUAUUGCCGGUUGUGUGAACGUGUUGCUAGUGUGAACAAACACCCGCGUCUCCCAUCAUCCUCUUCAGUGUUAUGCGAUUUUCUCGUUGGGUUGGAUAUGAUAUUGUAUCGACUGGAUGAAAUAGACAACCGUACAGACAAGAUUCGACGUACCACACUUACUCUACGCACCAACGUUUGGUCUGCCAUAAGCGAAAUUGAAAAGCGCGCCACAUAUAACUGUUUUUCUACCCCAUUACUUCUCGCGGAGGCCGCCUUACACAGUCGUCGUGCACAGUAUGGUCCAAGAGCCAUAGGUGGGUUCAAUAUAUCGACUAGUAAUACUCCGUGCGUGGACAUUAACUCCCUGAUUGCCACCGCGGACGAUCAGGAAACUUUGCAAAGCAAUCAAUUGCCGGACACCUCGAAACCGGGCGAUAUGCUGCGUUCUAUGCGGUCCCAUCACUCGUCCGGAGUGGAAGUCAUCACAAACGCAUCGUUCCGUCCCGAACUCGUACCCGAAGAUAUUACGAUCAGUGAUCCGAAAUCGAAACACACUACUCGUGAUAAAAAUGUGAGCAACCUGGUGGAUGUGGCACACGAGAACCACAGUCCGGAGAGUAAGGUCAGCACGGUGGACAACAGAACUCGAGUGCAUGGUCAUAAUAAUAAGCAACAACAACAUUUAAAAACAGUGAACAAAGUGGCCAAUUGA